CCCCAACUAAAGUCUUCAAGAACUGAAAUCUGUAUAGAGAUACAGAAGACUGGCUCUAAAAUGAGUCUUUAUGAGGAGAGAGAGGAGGAGGAUGUUGAUCACUAUCAGAACCAGAGAGCAGCAUCUCCAAAGCCCAGCUAUGUGAGUGAUGCAUCCAUGGGACGACCCAUUUAUUUCAGUGAUGGAACAGGAACCUCUGACUUCAGAAAGAGAAAAAGAACAGCAUCUCCAGGGCCCAUAUAUCAGCCUCCUGAUCUAAGUGAUGGAUCAAUGACCUUUAAACCCAGAAAAAAGAGAAAAAGAGCAGCAUCUUCAGGGCCCAGCUGUGUGUCUUUGGAGAGUGAUGGAUCCAUAAAUCAGCCUCCAAAUCUAAGUGAAGGAUCAGUGACCUUUAAACCCAGAGAUGAUCAGACUGGAGACCUGCAGAAGGAAUCUCACCAAUCAGUAAAUGAUGAACUACAGAGAGUCAAAGACCAACACAAAACUAACAUGAAGAAAAAGUAUGAGAGAUUAUGUGAGGGAGUCAAACUACAAGAGAAUAAAACCUUCCUGAACAGGAUCUACACACAGCUCUACAUCAUAGAGGGAGAGAGUGAAGGGGUGAAUGAAGAACAUGAGGUUUUACAGAUGGAGAAAACAGCCAGAACACAAGACACUCCAAUCUACUGCAAUGACAUCUUUAAACCCUCACCUGAACCAGGUUAUAAGAAGAAGAAGAAAAAGAAGAAGAAGAAAAAAAUCAAGACUGUUCUUACUAAAGGCAUCGCUGGAAUCGGAAAAACCGUCUCUGUGCAGAAGUUAAUUCUGGACUGGGCCGAGGGAAAAGCCAAUCAGGAUGUAGAUUUCAUGUUUGUGCUUCCAUUUCGAGAGCUGAACUUGAUCCGAGAUCAUCAGUACAGUCUUCACAGACUUCUGCUGGACUUUCAUCCUGAACUUCAAGAUCUGGACUCAAGAAUUUAUGAGGAGUGUAAAGUUGUGUUCAUCUUUGAUGGUCUGGAUGAAAGCAGAAUUUCACUGAUGUUUUCAGACGCUUCUAAAAUUUCUGAUGUUACUAAGAUUUCAUCAGUGGGUGUGUUGAUAUCAAAGCUCAUGACAGGAGAGCUGCUUCCCUCUGCUCUCAUCUGGAUCACCUCCAGACCAGCAGCAGCCAAUCAGAUCCCCUCAAAAUACAUCAACCGUCUGACAGAAAUCCAGGGAUUUGAUGAGCUCCAAAAGGAGGAAUAUUUCAGGAAGAGAAUCAGUGACCAGCAUCAAGCCAGCAGAAUCAUCUCACACAUCAGAAGAGCAAGAAGCCUCCACAUCAUGUGCCACAUCCCCGUCUUCUGCUGGAUCUCAUCCACUGUGCUUCAGAAGCUCCUGAAACAAGAUGACAGUGCAGAAAUCCCUCAAAAUCUGACUGAAAUGUACAUCCACUUCCUGCUCACUCAAAUAAACAUGAGGAAACAGAAGUAUGAAGAUAGAGAUCAAGAGAAACUCCUGCAGUCCAAAAAAGAAGUGGUUGUGAAACUUGCUGAAGUGGCUUUCAAACAGCUGAUGAAGGGCAAUGUGAUGUUCUAUGAGGAGGACCUGAUUGAGAGCGGCAUAGACGUCACCGAUGCCUCAGUGUAUUCUGGAAUUUGCACUGCGAUCUUUAAGGAGGAAUCUGUGAUUCAUCAGAGGAAAGUCUACAGCUUCAUUCAUCUGAGCUUUCAGGAGUUUCUGGCUGCUUUCUAUGUGUUUUACUCACAUCUGUUAAAGAAAAUGGAGCCACUGAAGUUGUUUCUGAAUGAUAAACAUGAGAGGUACAGAUCUGAAAAAAGCCCUUUGCGUGAGCUGCUAAUAUCAGCAGUUAAAAAAACUCUUCAAAGUAAAAACGGACACCUAGAUCUUUUCCUGCGAUUCCUGCUGGGGAUCUCACUGGAGUCCAAUCAGAGAGUCUUACAGGCUUUUUUGACAUGCAAAGAGAAUAGCUCAAACACCAUCAGAAAAAUAAAAAAACACAUUAAAAACAUAAUCAAGAGAAAUAAUCGUCUGUCACCUGAAAAAUCUAUCAAUCUGUUCCUCUGUCUGCUGGAAGUUAAAGAUCAGACUCUUUACAGAGAGAUUCAGCGUUUUGUGAAAUCAGACAAACACUCUGAGAAGAAACUCACUCCUAGUCACUGUUCAGCCAUUGCCUACAUGCUUCAGAUGUCAGAGGAGCCGCUGGAUGAGUUUGAUCUCACGAAAUAUAAUACAUCACCUGAGGGAAGACGGAGACUGUUACCUGCUGUGAUAAACUGCAGAAAAGCUCUACUUGCUGGAUGUGGUCUCUCUGAUCGGCAGUGUGAAAGUUUGUCUUCAGCUCUACAAUCAUCAGACUCCAAUCUGAGAGAGCUGGAUCUGAGUAACAAUGACAUGCAGGAUUCAAGAGUGAAGCUGCUCUCUGCUGCACUAAAGAGUUCACACUGUCAAGUGAACAUACUGAGAUUGGUCAACUGUAAUCUCACUGGUCAGUGCUGUGAAAGUUUGUCUUCAGCUCUACAAUCAUCAAAAUCCCAUCUGAGAGAGCUGGAUCUGAGUAACAAUGACCUGCAAGAUUCAGGAUUGAAGCUUCUCUUGGCUGGACUGACAAGUUCAAACUGUCAACUGAACAUACUGAGAUUGUCUGGCUGUAUGGUGACAGAGAAAGGCUGUCGUUAUGUGUCUUCAGCUCUGUGUUCAAACUCCUUACACCUGAGAGAGCUGGAUCUGAGCUACAAUCACCCAGGAGAUUCAGUAGUCAAUCUCUCCGAAAAACUGGAGGAUCCAAACUGCACACUGAACAAACUCAAUGUGGAUCAUGGAGGAGAGUUCAGAAUUACAGCAGGCCUACACAAAUAUGCCUGUUUUCUCACACUGGAUCCAAACACAGCAAACACUCAACUCAUUCUGUCUGAGGGGAACAGAAAGGUGACACGUGUGGAUGAGGAACAGUCAUAUCCUGAUCAUCCAGAAAGAUUUGAUAUAUGUCGUCAGGUUCUAUGUAGAGAGAGUCUGUCUGGACGCUGUUACUGGGAGGCUGAAUGGAGGGGACAUUCUGUCAUAUCAGUGACAUAUAAAGGAAUCAGCAGGAAAGGACAGAGUCAUGACUGUUGGUUUGGACGAAAUGAAAAUUCCUGGAGUCUUAUCUGCUCUGAUGACGGAUUAAUUGCCCGUCACAAUAAUAAUUCAACUGACAUACAUGUCCCCUUACAUUCCUCUAAGAUAGUAGGUGUGUAUUUGGACUGGUUGGCUGGCAGUUUGUCCUUCUACAGCAUCUCUAACACUCACACACUCACACACUUACACACAUUCACCUCCACAUUCACUGAAUCUCUGUACCCUGGAUUUGGGAUUUAUGAUUUCUCAGUGCGUUUGUGUAGCCGUGAGCAACAACUGAAUCGGUCUACCGCAGGGGUUUUCAAGCAGGUCAGGGGGCGCACAGUGUAGCAUUUGGACCAAUCAGACACCCAAUUAUUUGUUAUAUUUAACAAAUAAUCCCUAACACCUCCUCAAAAAGCCAACUAUGAGGGUCUAUGGACCCUUCCCCCAAAAUGCAGCUAACACCUCAAAAAUGUAGAACAGGCCUUUGAUUCCAUGGCAACCAAUGCUGAUAACAUUAGUUUUAUUGCCCAAAGGAAUGUGAGCAGAGCAACUCAAUUUCAUUUCAUGUUUUGAUGUGUCUGUUGUAGCUGUAACUGCUAAGUGUUGGCUGAAUAAUGCCAUAGAAACAGCUUCAGCGCAGUGGUAGACUAACGCCUGUUUCACACAUACUCCGUUUGCAGUGCGUAUUUUUUCCCGUACCCAUAUUAACGGUUUAAAGCGUUUACACUGCACGGGGUUGCGGUCCGGCAGUGCAUUCCAGGAGCGGUGCAUCUGCAGCAGUGCAGAGAUCGUUUCCGCACCGAGUCUAUUUUUGCUGUGCUGCACGCACUGAAUUAAGUGACAGCGCUUUGUUCACGGCAAAAAUGAACAUGGAUUGACAUGGAAAUGUAGUAAUUUCACAAAAAAAUGAACUUUUAGAUAAACAAGGCAACAUAUGCAUUUGUGUCUUGUGGAGGUAGAAAAACAAAGUUCUUUAAGACCCGCGGGACUGUUUGUAAUAAAGAUUUAAAUGUAAAAGGCAUGAGAGCCGACUGUUUCUGUCAGUGGUAAGUUUUAAUUUAAAAUAUUUGUGGUAGCCUACACUGUAAAAAAUGUCCUUGUAAAUUAACAGUAAAAUACUGGCAGCAGGGUUUCCAGCAGUGUAUCGUAAUUUUACAGUUUUAUUACUGUAUUCUGAAUUAUGGCUUUUCUGUAAUCUUACGGUAAAAUGCAGGCAGCAUGGUUUCCAGCAGUGUACUGUUAUUUUAAAGUUUCAUUACUGUAUUAUGAAUUACAGCUAUUUUGUAAUUUAACGGUAAAAUGCUGGCAGCAGGGUUUCCACCAGUGUUCUGAAAUUUUACAGUUUCAUUACUGUAUUCUAGGUUGUUGUUUUUUUUCUUUAAUAAAACGGUAGAACUGGCAAUUUUGUCAAUCAUUAACUUUAUUAUAAAUAUCUGUACUUGAACAAAUUUACACACUGGCAUUGUAAUUUCAUUUAUACAAAAAGUGGCAGCAAAUACACAGAAAAGAGAAGACCAAGAGGAUAUUUCUUAUUUAGUAUUUAUUUAAGUGCCCAAACAAUAAUUCAAAUGCUUUCUCAAAAAAGCAAUCAAAAUGGAAGAAUCAGUUUACAGUCCAAUGGAAGAAUCAGUCUUUGUGUAUGUUAGAGAAAGAUGAGAUGAAGAGAAGAAAAAUGAACCAUAGCAUUACAAAACACAGACAAUGUGCAAAAAGAACCCAGCAGAAGUCUGUAGACAUAUUUAAACUGAUUUAAGUUGACUAUAUAACCACAAAACAAGCUGUCAUUUAAGGUGUAUCUGUGUGCUAUGAGUAUGACAUAGCAUGGGCUUGGGGUGUACGUUUCCCUAAAAACAGCCUUUCAGAAAUGGCAAACAACUUCUGAACAACAUUCUUAUUUUGGUGUAAUAAAAGUCAAAACCUGGCAAGGAUUUGCAGAACAGUCCACGAAACAUAAAACUGUCACCAACUCUGAUGCAAGUGUAGCCAGGGACGGGUGUAGUCUGAAACAUAAACAUUGAAAAAAAAUAGAAAAUUUAGAAAAAUAGAAAAAAAAAUUUAAUUGUUAGUUAAAAUAACAUCAAAAGAAUGUCAAAAGAACAUGACAACAAGCAACAUAUAAUACUACACAAACUAAGAAUUUGUUAUGAAGAAAUUAGAUUCACUUAAAAGGAGAGAGAAAAUAGGGGUGACAGUUUUUGAGUUUGUUGAAGAAGGGGUGGGGAGGAGAGGGAGACUUUCAU